GUUAUGAGCAACUUGCCUCAUUGAAAUAAUCCAGUGCUGCUCGAGAUAUUCUUGUAGUUCGUCGCGGGGUGCAACCUCGGUGACUGCGGGUCCGUCGAUAGCGACAGUGCCUCAGUACUCCCCAGUAUACCCGAGUUGAGAGUGGUUUGUUCUCAACUCGAUGGUGUUGCGCUUUCGCGCAUCCUGGGCGACGCGCUCUGGGGUAUAUAGGAAUGUGCUUGUCAGAUUUAUCGGAGCAACGCCCUCCUCGCUUCAUUCUGCAGUUUUCGAGCUCUCCAAUUGUCGUCAGGUUCUGACGCCUCGUCAUACGCACAUCAUGCCGCUUCGUGCUGCUUACAAGCUGAUCUCCGGCCCAACCAGCAAGGCUCAUACUGCUGUACGCGUUGCUCCCGCCUUUAGCGCAGCGACGUCCUUCGCCGGCAAGCUUGCACAAACCGUCACUGCGUCUGAGCCGAAUAUCAACUUGAAGGACUUAUGCGCUACGCUCGACGCGAGCGCCGAACUUCUCGGCCAGAUACAAAUGGCCCGGGAAGCCCAGCCCGAUAUAUGCUCAGCAGGGCAAUUAGACCAGGCUGCCCGGCGCCUUGCUCAAUGCAAGCAGCUCUUGACCGCCCUUUCUAUGGACACCCAGCAUGACCCGUCAAGCUCCUCAAUGUUGCUGCAGCGCGUAGUGGACCUGGGCACUGCCAGAAUUGCCGUUGAUGCGGGCAAGAUCUGGCAGAUGGCCAUCGAGGUGCAAACGACUCUAUUGACUAUUCAGAACGCGAUAUGGGAGAAUGAGCAGCGUGAAGUGCCUCCUAACCCGGCGUGGUGCAUAUAAACAAUCGGCUGAUGGAGUUUUAUCACAUAUUCCCGUGGAUCUUUUAGUGUCUGCCAUGUAUUUCUAC